AUGGGCGUAGAGGCAACUGAUGAAAUUAGUGGAAUUACAAAGUCAAUGGGCAGUGAUACGUCUCCAGGGUUGAAUGACGACUUAGUUAGUUUUGGUCAUGACCAUAAUGGGUCGCAGUCAUUUACAAGUUGGAGAGCGGCAUAUCAUCAUCAGCGUUCUGCUUCCUCUUUAUCAUCCUUUGCUCAAAAACAUGACUCUUCAAUACUGCUAGGUGUGAAUACAUUAUCCGAAUCAAGCAUAUCUCCAUUAGGCAAAAAUUCGAUUUUUGAGCUUGUUCAAAAUAUAAACUACAAUAAGCGAGCCACAAGUUCUGGGCAGCUUCUUCUUGGCAGUGCCCAAGCUCUGGUGAAUUUGAAGGGUCCUACCAAUAGAGAUAUACCAAGUACUCAGUUAGCGAAAAUUGAGAAGAUCAAGUCUCCUCAAUUAAGGAAUCACUCAGAGUCUCUCGAAAAUGACUAUUUCAAGUUCAAACAGAAUAAAACACUCACAGCAUCAACCCUCGAGGCUUUAAUAUGCCGAUUAGACGAGGAAGAAACCAUAACUGCAGAAAAUGAUAUACAUCCCAAAUUCAAAUAUGAUGAUUUUGAAAGACAGGAGGCUGACCUUGAUCAGAAUUCACUGUCCCACAUUCCAGAAGUUUAUUUUGACAGUGACUUCAGACUGGAUGACCCAAAAAUCUUUUCUCAAAUUCUCAAGAAUAAAACGAUCUUGGAUGAUACGACUGAUUUCAAUCCAGACGGCACUAAGAAACUUAAACUAGAAAGUGAUGAACUACAAGAGAAUUUGUCAUCUUAUUUGGACAUAAUUGAAGUCCAAUUGAUUAGGGAAAUUUCUAAAUCCUCGGGCUCCUUCUUUAGUGCUCUCGAUGAUUUGAAGAGUACUACUGCGAAAUCGAAAAAUCUGGUUACCAGACUUCGAAAAUUGGACGCCCGACUUCAAACAGUGGAGGAAUCUCAGGCAAAUAGAGCAAUGGAAAUACUGGAUUUAACGAAGAAGCGUGAGAAUGUGGAGAAAUUGGAACAGGCUCUGGUUCAAAUCUUCACCAUUUUGCAUCAAGCAGAUAUGGCCGAGUCAUCGUAUUAUAAUGCCAAUUACGGCAAGGCGCUAGAACUCGCAGAUUCAGUUUUCGCCCUGAUUCGGGGGAAUAAUCCUGCACAUCCUCUGGUGGACCUGAUAGCUGAGAACUGGCCAUUUAAAUUACUUGAUAUGAACAGGAUUUCAGCUCUGACACCUUUGAAAAAACUACUUGUCAACUUGGUCGCUGAUACUGGAAAGUCGUAUUCAAAGUUGUUCAAUGACACAUUGAUUAAUGAUCUAAGAGACCAUUACGAACACGUUUCACAAACUGAAACUUUGAGAAGAUUGGAUCAAAAUCUGAGCCGCGGUAAAAGCCAGGAUACGAUCAGUAUAAAUUUGGAUUACGAGCAUCUCGAUGAACACUUCAUUUCUCGAUUGAAAGAGUAUUUAAACGGCCUUGCAAGAUGCGGUGAGCUGAAAGCUUCUUUCAAUAUGUAUCAAGAGAAAUUCUUAUCAGAACUAAAGGGCAUCAUUCGGGCCAAUUUGCCUUCAGAAAAUACAGAUAAUGUGAUAAAAGGCAGCAUUUCAGGGCUUUCGGAUGGCACUAGGAGCACAUCUACACACAGUAAUGGUUCAGGAGGGUUGGCCAGUACGGUGAAGACAAUGACACCUCGUGAAUUUGAAGAUCUGUUGUUGAAAACAUACACACAGCUUUCAGAAGCCUUACGUCGCUUGACCACUCAUAGAAAGAUCUUAUUAGGGAUGACAUUAGAUGCAAUAGCUGCAUUGGACCCUUCAUUCACAGAAAACCAACCAGACAUGGCACUGGACUUUGACUUGACUAAUGCGAUAGCGGAGUCGAUUGACAUAGCACAAAGACGCAUGGCGAAAAUUAUCAAUGUUCGUGAAUCUCAGAACUCCUCUAUCACACUCGAAUACUUCAUGAGAUUCUUCAGUCUCAAUGCCAUGUUCCUGGUUGAGUGUGAGCUCAUCUCAAGUGGCGCUUCGAAAACCUCAGCUCUGCAAGAUGUUAUGUCCAACCAACUUAAAAAGUUCAAUAUACAGUAUCACCGGACCACAUUGAGAAUAGCAUCUCAACUAAUAGAGAAGGAAACAUGGAAGGAAUGCACAAUUUCAUCCACAACGCAGGUGCUCUUGAAUCAAAUUCUAGAUGCUUCUUCUGGUGACUUCGACGAAAGCCUUUGGCUAGAACCAUAUUCUAUUUUCAAUACCAUAUCUAUGCAAGACACACCACAGGUCAACUCAAGUGAAAGGAAGACAAUAGUGAUCGAUGGAAAAUCAAUGAUCGUACCAGAAGUAACUUCAGAUAUUCUCAAAAUGAUAAAAAGUUACUUGCUAAUCAAAAUAAAGUUUGGUGCAUCCAACGACAACUACAUUAUCGAGUUUUUGAGACUUGUCAAUUCGAAAUGCCAUCAGGCUGUCCUAGGAGCCCAGGCUACACGUACAGCAGGCUUGAAGCAUAUUACUCCUAAAUAUCUCGCCGUUGCAUCCCAGUUCGUGGGGUUUUUGUUUUCUUUAACACCAUACCUUCGACGAUUUUUUGGGAAGUAUCCAAAGACCGACGCCUAUAUUAAGGAUGAAUUUCAAAAGGUUGCAGAACUAUUUCAUGAUCACCAAGUUGAAAUAUUUGACAAGCUCACCACGUUGAUGACGGAUAGGAUCAACGUCCAUGCUGUGGAAAUAAAGUCAAUCGAUUGGUCCAAUCCUCUCCAGCAUCAACAAGUGCACCAAUACAUGGAGACACUAGUCAAAGAGACGUUAACAAUUGCAAGGGUUCUCCAAAGGUAUUUACCGGAGGAGCAAUAUGCCCGAGUCCUAUCCAGCAUCUUCAGAGGAUAUGAACGCUCCCUUACCGACAUUUACACCAAAAUUGGAUUAAAAGAUUCUGUGGAAAAAGCAGUGGUAAUGCGAGACAUUGAUUAUUUUAGAGAUAGGUUGAAUGAGGUCACAGGCUACGAAAAUUCAGGUCAGCGAAUUUGGGAAUGCGUUAAUGCGUUGUCGACAGAAGAAGAAUCUCGCAUGGAGGCCGUGAUGCGAAAUAACCUCAUUGAAGAAAAAGGUAUUGAAGAACAAAGGUUGCAGAACCAAGAGGACGAUUGCACUUUACGAACCGAGAAUCUCUCUUGA